UGUGUGUAUGUGAGUGUGUAUGUGUGUGUGUAUGUGUGUGUAUGUGUGUGUGUGUGUGAGUGUGUGUGUGUGUGUGUGUGUGUGUGUGUGUGUGUGUAUCCUCCCAGCUUACAUAUGCACAUGUAGCAGAAACUAGACAUACAACACACACACACACACACACACACACAUAUAUACGGUCUCACAUGUUUCAACACACCCAUCACCCAGCUUCCCGUCCAGCUUCUUCUUUUUCUCUAAACUUCGGCAAAAUAGAACAGAGUGUGUUCACUGCAGUGUCAGGUGCAGAGAAACACAGACAGACACACACACACACACACACACACACACACACACACACACACACACACUGAGAGAUAGAUGAUAAUAGUAGUGAGAUGAAAAGAGGAGGAGCAGGAGCAGGAUAUAUGGGUCAUCGAUAGAUGUGUGAGACGUUUUGUGACAGAAGCGUGUCAGACUCUCGGCUCAGUGGGACCGACACUCGCUCAGGAAGGUGCACUGAACAGGAAAACGAGAGAGAGAGAGAGAGAGAGAGAGCGAGCGAGAGCGCGAGACGGAGGGAGAAAGAGGAAGAGAAGGGUUGUGUCUUUCCGGCCUAGAUUAAUGCAAGUUUAACCUCAGAGAACAGCCACAGCACGUAGAAAAGAACAGAACUGAGACUGAGAUGAAGAAAUGUCGUGGUUAUUAAUGAAAAGUCAUCGUGUUUAAAUCUCUGCUGAAGAAACUAAAGCUGCAGAUGUUUAUGAUUUUCGGGACAUGCUGAAGCUCACGGCACGUACCUGAAUCCAUCAUAUCCAAUCGCGCUACAAGAAAAAGCAAAAAAGAAAUAAAGAGCUCUUCACCGAGGUGCUGCAGUGAAACAGGAUGUACCUUCUUUUCAUCUCUCUGGUCUUCUCGCUAGCUCUCGGACCUGACGUCAAGCUCCUGAACGCAGAGGAGUCCACGAGCAUGCCGAGUAAAGACAGCACGGUCUUCCCACAGGUGACCGGAUCGAGAUCAGGUGAAAACUCUCUCACUGAGACUGAGGAAACAACCAUGAAGAACAUGGAAUAUAACAACAACUUCUCCACCACUGAAGGUCUAACAACCGAGACUGGAAAUGUGAUGCAAACAUCAGAAGAACGCACAGUGGUGUCCAUUCCGGAGCUUCAGACUACUUCAGAGCUUCAGACCACGUCAGUGCAUCUGACCACUCCAGAGCCUGCAACCAUUCCUGAGACCAUCGUGAUGACGAAUGAGCUCACCACUCCGGCUGCUCCUUCCGAAUCCACGUCUCAGCCCGUGACGGAGAAGACCACUAUGACAAACAUCAUCAGCACUAAGCCUCCUGAGACCCCAUCUCAAACCAUUCCUGAUACAACAGCCUUAAGCACAGAACCACCAGUUUUCACACCUACACCUGCUUCUGUUGAGAAGGUGGAGACCACUGACACUUCUCCAACAACCAUGCCCACACCUACCACCACCACCACCAUGCCCACCACCACCACCACCACCAUGCCCACCACCACCACCAUGCCCACCACCACCCUCAUCACCACCCUCAUCACCACCAUGCCCACCACCCUCAUCACUACCCAGGAGCAGGUCACCAAACAGAACCUUGUACUGUCUACAGAGGGUGAAAGGUCCAAGACGGGAACUACCUGGUUAAUCAUCGCUGUCAUAGCGUUGGUCAUUUUCUGCAUAUUAACGACUUUUUGCGUCACCUUCCUCAUCAAACGCAAGCAGAAGCGAAGUGGCAAGCAGAGCUUCGGCUACACGAACGGACAGAGGCCCAAGAAGAAGAAAGGCACAGAGGACGACGUCUGGGCGGGGCCUGUGGAAUUAGGAGGCGGGGAUUGCGAGGCUCCAGAUGAAGGCGAUGUGCAAGGAGAGGAGAAGAAGACGGACGGGGGAGGGGAGGUGACGGGGCUCAGCACUUUCGUGCCUUCGGAGGAGAACGGAGGCGUGGGGCGGCCGGGGUCACCCGAGGUCGGGAAGUGGGAGGAGAAAGAACCCUUGCUGUACAUCGACGAAGAAGCGACGCAGAAAGGAAAGGAGGCGGGAGCGGGCGGGGACGCAGACGUGAAGGAGGCGGAGCCUAAUGGAGGAGAAACAUUCUGUCUCACCACGGCCGUGUGAAAGCUCCUCCCCUUUUUCACAAACUGAUGAGUUCCAAAUAUUUCAGGUCACGCUCCUGUAAAAGAAAAAUGAGUUAUUAGAUCACUGUAUACCCUUUUCUAUCGCUAUUAUAAUAUUAUAAUUACUAUAUUAUUAUAAUGUAAUUAUUAGUUGAUAUCAGAUACAUUAUUUCAAAUCCUUUUCUUUUUUACGUCCCGCUUUUUUCAGACAAAACUUGAAAAAAUGUCUCAAACUGUACAAAAUAUAGGUCUGUUUUUUUCGGUACUUUCUGCUAACUUUAUCUAGCAAACACCGAGCACCGGGUUCCGCUCCACACACCUCUACUCUUCUACGUCAUUCUCAUUCUUUUUUGAUUUGUGUGUUUACUUUCAUGUUUGAAAAUGAGAACAUAUAUAUAUAUAAAUAUAUAUAUACAUUAUAAACUGCUGCAGACAUUCCAGAUGUGGGAUGAGAACUGAUUAACACCAGUGCUAUAAUAUCGCCUCCUGCAGUAACACAAUCUGAUGUAAUUUAUGUUUUUAUUUGUUUAUUUGUUUAUGUGUUUAUUUACAUUCAUGUGUUUAUUUUCAGCCAAUACAGCCGUUUGACCCCGUGUCAUACCUGCUGCUUUAUUUCCUUCUAUUCAUUAUUAUGUUAAUAUUAAACAAUUUCAGAGCGUAUACAGCGUAGUAAAAGGGAUCAGCCUUGUCAUUAAGAGAUAGAUUAAUAGAUGAUGAGCUCUUCGUGUGUAGAGGGGGGCGUGGUCUUUGACUCUGUGGGGUCGUGUCUUCAAGACUAUAGACGGGAAUGUGGGCGGGUCUCUGAGUCCGUAUUUGGAAGUCUUGCGUCACCGGCUUUCAUGUAGUGCAUGUCAUUUUAUAGAUAUUGUUUAUUAACCAGCAGAUGUGACAGGAUUACUUUUUAUGCGUUUAUAGUUACAUUUAAUGUUCUGUGAAAUGACUUCCUGUUCUUAUUUAUGUUAUAGCGGCUAUGAACACUCAUUCCCUCACCAACCUUCUCUUUAUUCUCCCUCUCUAUUCCCUCUCUCUAUUCUCUCUCUAUUCCCUCUCUCUAUUCUCUCUCUAUUCCCUCUCUCUAUUCUCUCUCUAUUCUCUCUC